ACUGAAGCACUGCUGCAAGCAGCGAACGCAACGCUCAGUGAAAAAGCAUCCGGUACUGCUGACAUCGAGGGACCGAGUGCGAUACACGUCGUCAAAAAUGCACAGAUACCACCAUCGUGCUACCAGUCAUUUCUGAAAAAAAGACGAGACAUUGCGGGCUUCGUUCUUUGCCCCUUUGACCAACGCUAUAUCUACAACCGGAUAAAUUCAUUGACAGACCAAAAUGUGUUCGGAAAUGAUACAUCAGCACUGCGGAAACAGGUGAUGGCCGCAGCAAAUGCAGUCUUCGGUGCGGUCCUCGAAUUCCUCACCGGUUCCAAUAAAACGCAUGCGCAUCUUCUCGGACGUUACGAUAUUGACGAGCAAUAUGUGGCAGUAUUGUUGGAUUGUUUUUUGCUGCAUGCUGACUGGCAUACCUGUAGCUUCUUCAAGAACAUCACCAAAAGCGACAAUCGUUUCAGUCAUCAUCCCAAAGAUACGUAUAUAUCAGCUGGAAAAAAUAGCUAUUCUUUGAUUCGGGUUCUCGUCAACGCCUUAAUUGUGAACAGCAUUGGCUCGAGAAGUGCAUGGAAUGUUCCCGAUCGCGAACAGUGUGAAGACUUGAACAAACAUCAAAAGGUACAAAAUUAG